ACGGAAAGCCCAAAGAUAUCUGUCGCACCUUUGACAACCUCGUCCGAUUCCCAAGCACCGGAUUUACUUACAGACAGAAAAGAAGUACACGUCUUUCUACGAAGUCAAUCAGAUAAAAAAAAAUUAAAAAAAAGAGUCUAUCAUGGCCACCGCCGAAAAGCCGACUGCCCACGUGGUGAACUUCAUCACGGGCAACGCCAACAAGCUCGGCGAGGUCAAGGCCAUCCUGGAGCCCACGAUCGAGGUCCGCAGCCAGGCGCUGGACCUGGUGGAGGUGCAGGGGACGCUCGAGGAGGUCACGAUUGCAAAGUGCAAGAGCGCUGCGGAACAGAUCGGCGGCCCAGUUCUUGUCGAGGACACAUGCCUCUGCUUCGAUGCGCUCAAGGGCCUGCCGGGCCCAUACAUCAAGUGGUUCAUGAAGGACCUGGGCCACGCGGGCCUCAACAACCUCCUCGCCGCCUACGAGGACAAGGGCGCCAAGGCCGUCUGCACCUUCGGCUUCUCCCGGGGGCCGGGCCACGAGCCCAUCCUGUUCCAGGGCGUCACGCAGGGGAGGGUCGUCCCCGCGCGGGGGCCGGCCAACUUCGGCUGGGACCCCAUCUUUGAGUACGAGGGGCAGACGUACGCCGAGAUGGACAAGGCCGCCAAGAACAAGAUCUCGCACCGCGGCCGCGCCCUGGAGAAGCUCCAGGCCUGGUUCGCCGAGCAGGCGUCCGCGUGAGGGGGCAGAGGGGACAGAGGGGACAGGACAGGACAUGACGGCUACCGGGAUCACAGCCAUUGGGUGAAGACGCGCGAUCAUAGAGGAGGGCAUCAGGCGAACCCAGGUACGCAACUAGAAGAAGGAAAACCAGACCACGACGGCCCUCUCAACCCCUAUUCGCGAAAGGGGGGCAUCUGGGGGGGGGCGGGGGUUGAUCAGACCCGACCACAAAAGCAAAAAUGAGAUGAGCAAAACACAUACGUACAUACAUACAUACAGUCAGUGUACAGGCACCACGAGAGAAGGAAUCAAAUGACACAAAAGACGGGUGUCACAUUGAACACGUGGUGGUCCAUUCAGUGCGAGCAUAGACUACUCUACUCGUCCGCCCACGCGGGUGAAGAAUACAACAGGAGAGCUCUCUCUAAGUAUGACGAUCUACAGUGCUCUUAACAAAAAACGCCGGUGCUGUGUGAGUGCUAUAACAAGCCAGCCCGUCCCUCUCUCCCCCGCGCAAAAACGAACUCCCAGGCUCAUGCUCAUGCUCAUUCUCAUGCUCGCGCUCCUACCCAUGGGCACCAGAAAGCCCCUGCACAUUCAUCCCCCCGUCCUUCCUGCUCGCGCAGCUCCAUCUAAACCAGGCGGCCGCUUCUUCUAGCUCGGUGCCACCAUCGACCCUGCCACUCCAGCACCACCACCCGCCACAGGCACAGGCCCGCCCACGGGCCGCGUCUCCCUGGUGACCAACCUCAGCAGCUCAAACUCCCUGUACCGCCGGAGGUACCUGUGCCCGCGCCGGUACGCCUUGAGGGCGUGGUCGGGGUGCUUGUACGUGAAGGUCUGGCCCACCCGCUCGAGGAUGACGGACGAGUCGCGGAACAUGGGGUCGAAGACGAGCAGGUUGACGCCGCCGCCGUCCCGCAGCUGCUCGAUCCCGACGAUGGUCAUCGAGUGGCCCGCGUGCUGGAAGUAGAUGGGCGGCAGCGAGGUGCGCCGCACGCGCUCCGCCGGGUCGGACACGCCCUGCUGGAAGUAGCGCUCCACCGACGCCAGCAUCUGCGCCUCGGCCCUGCCGGCCUCCUCCUUGUUCUUGAAGCCCUGCGCCUCGCACGCGAUCCCCAGCGAGACGAACAUGGCCUGCGCCUCGGGGGUGCCGAUGUACUUGCGCGUCCCCAGGAUUCCGCCCGUCUCGAUGCGGCCCUGCCUGUUGAUGCCCUUGUCCCACGCGGCCUCGACGUAGUCCUGGAUGUCAAAGACGGAGGGCAGCUUGCCGCCAAAGUGGUGCGCGCCCCCGAAGCCGGCCCCGAUGACGUACGAGCUGACCGUCUGGAUGUUCCUGUAGCCGCAGAAGCCGCCCUCGCGCCGCAGCUUGGACACGUGCCACGUGCACGGGUGGCACAGGUAGGCGUACUCGGUGGUGGGCGACUGCUCCAGCAGCUGGGCGAUGACGGGGAUCACGUCCCGCCCGACGGCCUGCCCGUACUUUUUAAGGUGCGCGACGAGCCAGUCCGGCAUGCGCUGCUCGCUGUGGUAGCGGCCCAGCUCGGCCCUGCCCAGCUUGACGGGGCCCUUCU